CUGCGCUGCUCCGGACGGCCGUGACCGCUGGCCGGGGACUCCGGCGGCCUGGACUGCCCGACCGCGCGCCCUGCUGCCCGCCCCGCUCCGCCCCUCGCCCCGCACGGAGCCUGGUACCCAGCGCCCCGCGCCCCAGCUCGCAGGCUCCCCGCGCGCCCUCCCACCGCGGGGUCGGCCCGCAGCCUCCGGUGCGCCCACGCUCUCCCUCCUCCUGGGCUCCUGCCCUUCGCCGCCCUCGCCCCGCCAUGGCUCGUGGCCCCGCUCGGACCAGCCCGGGACCACCGGGGCCUCAACUGCUGCUGCUGCUGCCGCCGCUGCUUCUGCUGCUGCUCCGGGGCGCGGGGGGCAGCCACACAGCCCCUGCCAGGGCCGCACAGUCCGCGGCCGCCCACGGGCUCCCGGGGGACAAGCACCCCCAGAGACCCCUGGGGGACUCGGCCGCCACGCUGGGCCCUGUCGCCCAGGACGUGGUCGCUGUCCACAUGCUCAGACUCUAUGAGAAGUACAGCCGGCGGGGCGCGCGGCCAGGAGGGGGCAACACAGUCCGCAGCUUCCGGGCCCGGCUGGAAGUGGUCAACCAGAAGGCCGUGUAUUUCUUCAACCUGACGUCCUUGCAGGACUCGGAAAUGAUCCUCACGGCCACCUUCCACUUCUACUGGGAGCCGCCCAGGUGGCCCAGAGCACGGGAGGGGCUGUGCAAGCUGCGGGCCAAGAACGUCUCGUGCCACCUGCAGCCCUCCGGGCCGCCGCCCGCGCGCCGGCACCUGCUCUUCCGCAGCCUGUCGUGGAACCCGGCCGCGCAGGGGCUGCUCCGCGGGGCCGUGGCCCUGGCGCCGCAGCCGCACGCCCUGUGGCAGGCCAAGGACAUCUCCCCCAUCGUCAAGGCUGCCCGCCGGGACGGCGAGCUGCUCCUCUCCGCCCAGCUGGACUCCGGGGAGCAGGAGGCGGGGGUGCCCAGUCCCGGGCCCCACGUGCCCUACAUCCUCGUCUACGCCAACGACCUGGCCAUCUCGGAGCCCAACAGCGUGGCGGUGACGCUGCAGAGAUACGACCCCUUCGCGGCCGGAGACCCCGAGACACGCGCAGCCCCCAACAGCUCGGCAGACCCCCGCGUGCGCCGGGCUGCGCAGGUCCCCGGGCCGCUCCAGGACAACGAGCUGCCGGGGCUGGACGAGAGGCCGGCGCGCGCGCCCCACGCGCAGCACUACCACGAGCACGCGCUGUGGCCCAGCCCCUUCCGCGCGCUGAAGCCGCGGCCAGGCCGUAAGGACCGCAGGAGGAAGGGCCAGGAUGUGUUCUUGGCCUCGUCGCAGGUGCUGCACUUCGACAAGAAGACGAUGCAGAAAGCCCGGAGGAAGCAGUGGGACGAGCCAAGGGUGUGCUCUCGGAGGUACCUGAAGGUGGACUUUGCGGACAUCGGCUGGAACGAGUGGAUCAUCUCGCCCAAAUCCUUCGACGCCUACUACUGCGCGGGCGCCUGCGAGUUCCCCAUGCCCAAGGUUGUCCGCCCAUCCAACCAUGCCACCAUCCAGAGUAUUGUCAGGGCUGUGGGCAUUGUCCCUGGAAUCCCAGAGCCUUGCUGUGUCCCUGACAAGAUGAAUUCCCUUGGGGUCCUUUUCCUGGAUGAGAACCGGAAUGUGGUUCUGAAGGUGUACCCCAACAUGUCCGUGGAGACCUGUGCCUGCCGGUAAGACAGCUCCAGGGAGGAAGGAAGCCUCUGCCACAUGGCAGAGCUGUGUUCUUAGAGCCCUGUGGGACCAGGACUCGACUAGGAGUGCAGCUGCAGACACAGGGCUCUCGAGACCACAGGCGUUGCUGCUGGGGCCCAGGAAGAUCUGCCCACUGGGGCAUCAUUCUGGGGUCUUUCGGGAAUCUGGGAUUAGCCCUGGCCUGAAGGUUGCCCGUCAUUCGUACCCACAAUACCCACCGUCCUCAAGGCCUGAAAACAGAACAUGCCCAGUGUUGGCCAGAUGUGAUCAUCAUGUCAUAAUUGAGGAAGAAGGCUAUGCAGAUUUCAGGGCCCACACCCCUUUCCCAUGGGAAGAGCCUCUGUUUAGUGCUCAGUUUAAACACUUGGGGCCACAUAGCCACCCUGGAAGAAUAACGGUAUAAAUGGGUAUUUUCUUCCAAACUCCACUGCAAAAGCUUUAUACAUAAAGUAUGCACAUGUAACCAAUGUUCUUUUUCUUAACAUAUAUUUUAUUUUAAAAUAACAACAAAAAAGGAGGCAGUUGCCACGAUUCCCCGAAGAAGAAGUAAUCAUGCUGAGUAAAUGUGAGUGUUUGGACGUGCAUAUUGAAAUAACACAUAUGAUAAUAUGUUCGAAUACUAAAAAGUAACCAAGAUUUUAUAUUUUUGUAAAUUAUACUUUCUAUACUGUAGAUUGUGUACGUUAUGUGUUUUUAUGAAAAGCUAAUAAAUUAAAGGUACAGUGGUAUCUUGAAAAACUGAAUGUCACUCACUCCAAAAUAAUUGCUCACUCCCCAUCUGUAAGUAUAGCACCUGGAUGGCUUCUGGGGACACCUUAAGGGUCCUUGGAGGACCCCUCCUGCUGGCCAGCUCCGUAUUCUCUGUGUGUUUCUCAGGCUCCAACAACCCAGAGGCUCCCGUGCUUCCCAGGGCCCUGCCCCACGUAUUCUUUCCUGCAAAUCCCCAACCUGGGCUGGUGUCCAGCGAGACUGGACAGGGACCCAGGCAGGCACAGUGGCCUCCUGGAGUUCCCUCACUUCCCUGGCCUCAGGAGCCAUCCAUCCAUUGGGUGGCCUCUGAGGCAUUUAAAGGGUUGUCUAUGACUGCCUAGGCAGAGGUCUUUUACUUGGGGUAAUUUGAGCAGGAGGAGAUUCAAUAUAAGCAGUCAGGGGUUUCUCCUGAGGGACUGGAUGAUCCACACUGUCUCCCGCAUCUGCUUGUCCUAUGUAGAAAGGUCCCCAAAUAGCUGACCCCCAUGGCUUCCUUAUUCUUGUAGAGUUAGUGCCUGAGCUGGGUGACCAGAAUUUCUGAAAGAGAAUCUGGGUCCAGUGUGAAGCAGGUAUAUCACAGUCACAUCAGCAGGACCUGAGGAUGACAUGACCCAAGUCUAACUCAGAGGGGACUGCAAAGCCACGAGCGGCGCUCUACGGUGUCCAAGGAGAGAAGCAGCCACAGUGUCUGUCUUAGGUGUUGGGCUGGCUCGGAGAUCAGGGUCCUGUGCAAGGCAUGUGUGAGCAGUGCUCCCAGGAGACGCCGGCCAAGAGCCCAGCAUCUCAGCCUGGUCCGGAUCCCGCGGGGACUGCCGGAGCUUAAAGUGCCUCUCGGAGAGAGUCCGGACUCCAGGCAAGGGAGCGGGGUAUUCAGGGCCUCUUGGCUUCCAGCCGCCCCUGAAUGGGGAGAUGUGAACCCCUCAUUCCUUGACCCCUGCGUGGGCAGCCUCUGAGGAAGGCUGCAGUGGCUGCGCCUGGAGGCCACGGCCCUGAAACUGGAGAAACUGCCCCAGUGCCAGAGGUAAGAGGGACCUGAGGGCACUUGGGGGACCAUCAGCAUCUGCUCAGAGUCUCUAGGGUGCUCCAUGGGAUCCUGGGACAUGUGAGCAGCUGCUCUGGGGACCCCGGCCUGCAGGCACAGGCCCCGGCCUGCUGACAGAGACCAGGUGAGGGCGAUGUCUGCGGCACACACGGCCUCCUCUCGCUCCUGCAGGAGUCUGUCCUGGGACCAGAUGGUGCCAGUGGCUGCUGUAGGCGCUGAGCUGGCUCAGACCAGCCCGCACAUGUAUUUAGUGCCCAGUUUGCCAUGGCUAAUUCUUUUUGGAACAUGACAGGAUAUAAAUCAAUAGCAAAAUGGGUAAAAGUACCGGGGCUUGGGAAAAUUCCAGCUCUCUUUCUUCCCAAUAGUAGAUUCCUCAUUCCCCCGAUCCCAUCUAAUUUUUUUCUCAUCAAACUGCUCCCUUUCCAUUUUUGACCAAGAUGGGGUAUCGUAUAAUAGUUUUAUUCUUCUGGUAUUUGCCAUUUCUGGGAGACCUUCUGGAUCCCCCAAAUACCUAGAAUGCCCCUGAGUCUUCUUUCCUGGCUUACCGGGGAUGGUGGGGAGACAGGCUGGGGGCUGUGCCCUGCGGCCAGCACCGGGAUGGACAGCACUCAAGUUGCCAUCUUUCCCAACCACACCCUGAUGACUGUAGGGUAUGGAAUGGGUCAGGGGGAUGGCAUGUGUCCCAAUCCUGUGGUGGGAGGAGCUAGUGUCAUCAGUGACCCUUCCAAUUAUAGAACACCAUGUAGUUAUGGCAUCUCAUUUACCCUCACAGCAGCCUUACAACUUAUUGCCCAGUUCAUGCUGCAGAAAAACAGGCUCAGGAAGGGUAAGCAGCACGCCCACCAGUAAUGUGUCCACUGAUAUCUUACCAAGACCACAGGCAAAGUCAGGUUGGUGCCCAAGCUGCCCGAUUCAAGGCCUAUGUGGCCAGCACUGCCCCUGAACUUCCUGGCUAGUGACCCCACUACCAGCAUAUCAGGCCUGUCCCAAUGGCACUGAGUGUCCUUACAGUAAAGUGAGGCUUAAAAAUAAAUGUAUAUAUAACUUUUUUCUCUCCUUAAAAUCAAAGUAUCAACAUUACAUUGUCACAUUGCCAGAAGGUUCCAGCACACAGCCUAGAUGUGCAUGGGUUUCUGAGGUCACUCACCUUGGUGUCUGUGGGUCAGUCUGGAGGGGGCAGCAUGGUGGCCUGCAGCUGGUCCCCAUUCCUGAACUGGUACGUCCUCUAGAAGGGCAGGGCCUCUCAUAGCUUAGUUCAAGUGACAAAUACCAACAAUACAGCUGAGGGCUAGAAAUUUUAAGGCUAGGAGAAAACUUUGGGAAGCUUGUGAUUCAACCUUUGUACUUGAGAAGUGGGGAAACUGAGUCCUGGCACUACCGAGUGUCUUGCUUGAGGUGUCCCAAUAGGUACCUCUUUAUGUCUAAGUCACUCAUAAAAUGUCAUCAAAGCCAUAGUAUAUAACGAAUGCUUCUUCCAUGGCCAGGACCGAUACAGCUGUGUCAGAGGAACUUAUAGAUGUCUGGGGCUGGGGGUUGGGGGGCGGUUCCGGAAGAAGAGAAAUGGACACAACUCCAGAAAGGCUGACUUUGGGGUCAGCCAGGGAGGAAGAGCUUGGCUUGGCUGGUGGAAUAAGGACAUUGCAAGGAGAGUUUAGUGGCAGCACCUGCCAAGGAGGGCAGAUCAGCUUGCCAACUCUGGCUGUGACUUUUGCACCAAAGUAUUCAUGUUCAAGUUCAAGGCUAUUUCCCUUUACCAAAACCUGGGAGCAUAAGAUCCUUCACAGACAGACUGAUGCUUCUGAGAUUUCCAUUCCCUUAUCCCUUCUACUCCCUGAGAUUUGGGUCCUCUACCCAGCCUGUAGUCCUAACCUUGCUCCUCCGAUCCCUCCCAGGAGUCUUGUCUGUGUGAGUCGGGGGUAGGUGGGUGAGCAGGAGAAUGAACAUGUUUGUUUAUUCAAUUACUUAGCAUUUACUAUGUGCCAGAUACCAUGCUAGGCAAUAUAUUCAUACUUUAUGUCUCGAAAGACAUGUAUGACUUCCCUUUUUUUGUCAUAACCAGUGUGCAAACCUGAAUGUGCAUCAGAAACAUCAGGAGACUUGGCACAGGCUGGGCCCCACCCCAGGGUUGUUUCUGAUCCAGGCUGAGACCUUGUAUUUCUAACCAGCUCCCAGUUGCUGCUGCUGCUGCUGGCUCAGGUACCAUGCUUUCAGAACAGGUGUCCUCAUAGCAAUGUCCCCUAUGAUGGAAGGGACCCCUGAGGCAGCUGUGUCACAGAAACUCAGGUAGAUCCAUGCUCACUUCCACGAAGGAAGGCUGAAGUCAAUGUCACUGCUUUGGAGCAAUGAGCUUCAAGGAUUCUUCAAAUAAAUGGAUCAGUCAAAUCCUCCUCUCUUGUUCAUUAAAUUGUGCUUCUCCCAUAGCAAUUGCAUGUGAUGAUUUGAUUUCUAUAAUUCACAAGUCCUGGGAGGGUUGACACUACAGAGGCUUUGGCUAAAAAUCACCACAGCACAGUAAUGCCAAACCAUCUUGAGAAAAGACAAGGAGCAUGAGGCUAAGCUGCAGCCUCCAGGGCCACUGCACACCCCGCAGAGCACUCCUAGGUGCUCAAGGAUGUAUGCAGAGCUGCGCCCAGGAGGCCUGACCCAGAGGAGCCUCAGCCUGCUGUAAAGGCAGGACAGACUUGCUGGGCACGUCAAAGUUCCAGAGGAUGUGAUGUGUGAGAACAGCAGAGGAGCAGUCCUGGGGCCCUUCGAGUGGCCGUCGGAUGAAUCCACCAGAGUGGUGUUGCUCAGAACACAGAGGCUGCUGGUGACGGACAGUCAGGACCGGCCCAGGUGGAGGACAGCGGGAAGGAGCAGAAGGCACUCCCAAGGGAGGGCAGAGCCCACUCAGGGGCACUGCAGGAGAUAGGGGCAGAGCUGUCCCAGUGGUGGGGCAAAGGGAAGCAGUGACAGAAAGAUCAGGCGUUGUACUGCCAGCAACAGUAACAGUGGCUACUUACUGCGCACUUAGGUGCGACGUGUUCCCGUAGAAUGCCCAGCAUCUGCGGAGCCCUUAGGCCUCUCCCUAGACUCACACUCAGUAGCAAAUAUGAUUCCUGAGCACAGGCCCAGACCAGCACAGGUGAUUUCCAGCCACUGCUGCACCUCCUCAGAGGCUAAAGUCCAGAUCCUGAGGUGUGGCUCAUCAAAACGUGGGGGGAAUAUAGUGCAGCCCAAGUAGCAAUGCAAAGUGGCAUUUGGUUGUUUUGGUUGUUGCUGUCCAUUAACAUACUGAAGAUUAGAAGAACUGGUGGUGAGGGUGGUGAGACAUGUGUCCUUAGGCUCGGCUAAUAGGAGUGAACAUUGAAAGAGCAUUUCUGGAAAGCAGCUUAGCAAUGCUUAGCAAGAGCUUUGUAAACAUUUACAUAUACUUUGACCUAGAUAUUCCACUUCUGAUGACCUAAGAAUAGGAAAUAGACUGUAAUAACAUGAAAUAAUGCCUUGCAACAUUUUCUUAAUAACUAAUUGUCCUACAGUUGGAGAAUGUUUGAAUAAAUUAGGAUAUGUCCAUGUGAUUGGAUAGUGCUUAGUCAUUAAGAAUGAAGUUUAUGAAAAGUUUUCAUCAUAUGGGGAGAUAUUCACACAAUCCUCUAGUGGCAUCUCCUUCUAGUGCCCAGGCCUAUACCUCUCUGGGGACCAUCCCAACCUGACUUUCUCUGUCCCUGUGCUGCCAGUGACAUCCCUCCCACUUCAGGGGCCUAAGCCAAUCAGGGCAUUACAUUCCCCUGGCCACAGCCAUUGGCUGGGGUGUGAGCAGAUGAUCCAAUCAGGGCCGAGGCACCAAGAACUCUCUGGGACAUCCUAGAAAAGAGGCUUUGCUCCUCCCUGCCCCAUGUGGAAGGAGUGCGGACCUUCUGGGGCUGCCUUGCCAAGACACGGAGACAGAGCUGAAGCCAACACAGUGGAGGGCAGGACUGAGAUGGGAGAAGUUGUCACUAGGACUGUGCCCAUCCUCUCUGUAUCAAGCCACACUAAAGCCAGAUUGUUUCUGAACUUCUCAGCUGUCACUGGUCAGCUGUAAUCCAUUUCGUUUAAGCCUGUUUGGGGUCUGCUUUUCUGAAACUUUCAACUAAAUGACACAAUUUUAAAGAAGAAAAUCUGUAUGUACCUAAAUAAAUAAAUAAAUGAAUCUGUA